AUGUACCGAGCACCUUCAGCUGCAGCUGCUCCUUCUUGCUGCUCAAUCGACACAAUUCGACAUGCUUCGACUAGUAGUACACCGUCUAUAACCCAAAAGUUGACAAUAACGGACGGACAGCUCACAGAUGCUGGAGCUGCUGUGUUAGAAAGCGGAGCGGGACACGAACCUUGGGCUAUAGUGCAGAGCGUGCAAGCAGCUCUGGAGGCGGUGCAUACGACUACAGGGUUGCCUUGGUGGGCGACACUGAUGCUCUCUGGUGUGACUCUCCGUGCCGCCAUCUUUCCGUUGUAUGUGCUCCAGAUGCAAGCGACUCAGAGGUUGGUGCAAGCUAGCUUGGACUUUCGAAAACUGUACUCGGCGUACAAGUAUGCGCGCACGUUUACGCCUGCGUCCGACCACAAGGGACAUCUUGACGCGAUUUUGCUUGGACGACAGGGUGUCCGUGCGGUCAUGAAGAAGUACAAUACGCGUCCUAUACAAACGAUCGUGGGCGCGGUUGUAUACAUCCCCAUCUUUGCUGUGAUGGCGUAUAGUGCUCGUGACAUGGUGCGCUCGGGAAAUUUCGCAGGUUUCGAUUCUGGCGGCUUUUCAGUUUGGAAGAAUCUGACAGAGGCAGACAGCACAUACGCGUUGCCUGUUCUCGCAGCGUUGUCCACGUAUGGAAAUCUGGAAUUGUCAGCGCGGCAUAAAAGCGGUUUGUGGACAGAGGUGCUGCAUGCAGGGCAGUACGCCACGAUUUUUGCGAUCCCAUUCAUGGCUAGUCUACCACAAGGUGUGUUCUUUUACUGGUUGGGGUCUUCCUGGUCGUCUAUGGCACAGACCAUUGCCAUGAACAACAAUGAAUUUCGUCGACGCAUGAAACUCAAGCCACGAAUUACAGCGACGCAGUCAACUGGUGCGUAA